UCCACAGGUUGCUGCGCGGAUCUCUCCUCCUCUCUGAGCAUCUUCGCAGCCAAGAACUAAGUGUACAGUCGGUGGAGAUGAACUGACAGGUCGUUAAAGGAUGCGUUUGGCUGGACAGUUUGGACUUUGUAUUGUGCAGAUUCUCGUGAACAAAAUGCCAAAUCUACAGCUUUAAACGACUCUAGUAUAGACUAAGUGACCAUUUCAUUGUACUGCACAGGACUUUUCUGUUAUAACAUAUUGUUAACGUUUGUUCCAUGGACUGUGCGUUCUAUUCGAGACCACCAUGCCACAGGUCCCUCACUGCAACUGCACCACGGUGACAACAGCAACAUAAUGGCAUGUAGGAGCGGUUGUUGCUGCGGCUCCGGUCCAAUAAACGAGGAUAACGCGAGGUUCCUGCUGCUGGCAUUGUUCAUCAUCAUCUAUCUGUUUUGUGGAGCCGCGGUUUUCUCAGCGCUGGAGCAGCCAAAGGAACGAGAGGCGAAAGAGCGCUGGGCGCAGAGGUUCGAGCAUUUCAGCCAGAAGUACAACCUGAGUAAGAAGGACCUGAACAACUUCCUCAGGAACUACGAGGAGGCGAACGUAGCCGGCAUCCGUGUGGACACAAUCAGACCUCGAUGGGACUUCACCGGCGCUUUUUACUUCGUGGGAACUGUGGUAUCAACCAUUGGGUUUGGGAUGACCACUCCUGCCACCAUUGGAGGAAAAGUCUUCCUGAUGUUCUACGGCCUGCUUGGCUGCGCAGCCACAAUCCUCUUCUUCAACCUCUUCCUGGAGCGUGUCAUCACCGUCAUCGCUGUUGUCCUCAAAUCCUGUCACGAACGACGCCAUAACAAGGCUGUGCUCCCCCAAAAUGGCCGGCAAGUCUCUGGGGGAAACAGAGCAGGUGGAGCAGGUGGAGCUGCGGGAGGCGGAGCAGGAAAAGGAGCGGAUCUGGCUGGCUGGAAACCUUCAGUCUACUGUGUUAUGCUUAUUCUAGGAGCGGCAGCCAUCUUGGUGUCCUGCUGUGCUUCACUCAUGUACUCAGCAGCUGAGGGCUGGGGCUACCUGGACUCACUCUACUUCUGCUUUGUGGCCUUCAGCACCAUAGGUUUUGGAGAUAUGGUGAGCAGCCAGCGGGUCGUCUAUGAGGGCCACGCAACGGCCGCAUACCGACUAGGCAACUUCUUCUUCAUCCUGACCGGUGUCUGCUGCAUCUACUCCCUCUUCAACGUGAUCUCCAUCGUCAUCAAGCAGGUCCUCAAUUGGCUGCUGAGGAGGCUGGAAGCCCCCUGUCGCUGCUGUUUCCCAAGGAGAGGUCACCACCCGCACAGGCACCCCCGACGGAACGUGGUGGCCCCAGGUCACCUGCGUACCCGCAGAGACCCCUCCAUCGAGACAGACGCCAUCAACGAGAGCGAGACAGACACUGGGCGCAGGAUGUCUGGGGAGAUGAUCUCCAUGAGGGACUUCUUAGCAGCCAAUAAGGUGAAUCUGGCUAUUAUGCAGAAACAGCUAUCGGAGAUGGCCAUCGGGCACCCGCGCCAAUCCAGCUCCAGUUCACGUCAGAACGGAUUCUCAGGAGGGGUGGGCGCCCUUGGCAUCAUGAACAACCGGCUGGCGGAGACUAGCGUGGACAGAUAGGGGGGAACUGGUGUGAAUCUUUUUUCAAAGGAUACAAAAGGCUAAAAGGAUGAGGAUAGUAAGCACAAACAGACACUGAGGACUGCCUUCCUGAAGAAAAAGCAAGUUGUACAAGACUGAAUUUAUAACUACAUAAUAUAUCCUCUUCAUCGACAACCAGGCUGACCCCCAGCAGCUACGGCUUGUAGUCCAAACCAUCUCACCCCGCUUUCCUGUCAAGAACAUGGCUACAUGAAUGAUGCAUGAUAGUUUGCUGGAGUCUCACAUCUGGACUGGGCUCAGAGUGCUGGAAUGUUCCCCCGUGAGAAAAUCUGUUUCCAUGGUGAUAAAAAAGCCUGCCUAGAGCCCUUGUAUCUAUGCUUUAAAAACCCAAUGCACACUACACACUACUCCACACCUUAGCACAACUUCCACUCAUCUGCAGUACUUUCCAGUACCCACUAUGACUCUACCCAUAUCCAUACUGUAUCUGUCUCUGUAAAGGACACUUAUGAGAGAAAAAUAGCUUUAAUAAAAUGGGUGUUCUUGAUUUUAUGUCUAACAGUAGUUAUUACAUAAAACACAGUGUCAUGUAGAAAAUGAAAAAGAAACCCUCUUCAUGAGUAAUUGAGUGUUUACCCUCAAUGCAGAAUGCUGAAUUUUACAAGCAGAUGAUCAGUGACACUCUCAUUCACAUCAUUCAUGAUUCAAAUGUUUCACAACCAUAUUGUAUCCUACUCAAUAGCCUCUGUCUUUGACGCUGCUUUCAUUCAUUAUCAUGACAAAUAGAAGACAAAACCUCCAGAAAGAACCUUGUUACAAACAGACCUAUCCAAAGCUGAAUGAGCCAGCAUUCUGAGUCUGAGAUGAAACCUAAAAUGCGUGACUGCUGUUUACUUUGGGCUUGGCUGCACAUUGUCCAAGCACAGAUGCAGAUAUGAGGACUUUUUGACACCCUGAUGCUGUCUAGGUCUGUAGGUGCUUGGUAUUGAUAAAAAUUCAGUGAAACCAGUAGCUCCAGGGCUCAUUAUUUGAUUUUAGCUCAGCAGUGUUAGGUUUAUGUUUUUCCCGUAGGCUGGACUCACAGCAAGCUCAGUAAACAAAAAGGACAAGAGACACAAAGACAAGAUUGUUAAUAGCAUGCCAAUGGAGUGAUUGACUUAAGUGAAACCUGCAACAGCAACGACUUGUGGACACAUUAUGUCUGAUUUAAGGAGCUGGUAUAGUCAUAGUCAUGCUCUUUGAAAAUGCAUCUGAGAGGAUGCUGAAAUUACAGGGUGAGAAUCCUCCAGUUUCCCACUCUUAUGUCACCAGCUGCACUUUUAUAUGUCUGACUUAAGUGUGUCUGAGUUACAGAGAGCGGGAGCAGAGAGCCAACCUCCUUUGCCAUUAUUUAUCUUGAUGAAAUGACAACCUAGCAAAACUGCAAAGAAAGUAUGUGCUAGAAUAUUUUUGUACAGUCACCAUAAUUUUUUUAGAAUGAUAAUGGUCAUAAUAAUCUUGUAUCUGUGAGUCAUCUGCAAAAUCAGUUCAGUUCACAGCAUAAACUGAGAAGAAGGUGAGAUCUAGAUGACACACGGCAUUAAUGAAACAUAUGCCCAAUAAUGUAUUUCUGUUAAAUGAAAGAAACACAUUGUGAUUGAUCAUUUGCUAAACCCCCCUGCCCCACAUAGCAAUUGUCCACUCAUUGCUUAGCAACUGUAACCGUCAAGGAAACUUAUCAAGCCUUGGAUUUCUCCACCUGUUGAAGCAGCGUGCACUGGGCUGUUAUCACUGUAUUUUUUUUUCAAAGUCUAAUCGAUGUGCCUUGUUGUAUUUUCAAAAAUUGCAUUCACAGCAGUAAAAGUAUAUUAAAAGGUGUGUUUUGGUGCUUUAGUGUAAGCUGCUGUCGUUAGCAUGUCUGCCUAACACUGUAGUAGCUCAGUGUUACUGCCAAGGACAAAGAGCACAUGAUUAGCAUUCACUAACAUGAGCACUUCCACUGUGUAGUAUUUCUCCACUGUGUGGAAACCAGUCCUGGAUGCUAUCUGACUUGAGGCUAACAUUAGCACAACUGUUCUCUUUACUGGAUUUGAGGAAAUUUACUACAACAACCCUAGCCAUGCAUGCAGCUACAGCGUCAGUCUGUUAGCACAAAAUCAUGUAUGUAGCCAUGCAGUAGAAUCUUAAAGUCAUCUAGUAGAAACAUUUUUUUAAAAAUCAGCUGGAGAUGGCAUUUUCAACAAGCUUGUGGAUCUAACAUUAGCUUAGUUAGCUAGUUAACAACAGCUGAUAAAAUACCAAAUCUGCUGGCAAUUGUGGUCAUUUUAGGCAGCAAAAUAGAUGAUCAUCAGGUACAAAUGCAAAUCUUCCUUUUGGGACCCAUUGCUUCAAAAAUUACAAGGAAUUUAUUACCACCAUUAGUGCUGUAAACUGUACAUGUGCAGAGCAUGAACAGAGAGCUCGACAACAAUAUGAAUCAACAAUAACUCAAGGUGGCAGGGCUGAGGGAGCAGUCAAUUGCAGCAGUUUCAAUUCAUCAAUCUGAAACAAGUCUUUAGUGUAUGUAAUUGUUUUACUCUUUCAAGUUCAAGGCAUUGUAAGGUACCACAUUUUCUAAACCACCUUACUUGAGUUAAUGUAUUUAACCAACAUGUUAACAUUUAGCUCUCAUCAGUACCAACGUUGAGAUAUCACCCACAUUACACUGAUGUGUUGGUCAUUAACAGUAGAGAAGGAGAAAAAUAAAAAACAAAUCCCUAAAUACUGAAAUCCAAUAUCUUACAUAGAAUAAUAAAACAGACAAAAAUAACUUGAAUCUAACAGCCUCCACUCUUUGCUAUGGAGACAAUCUCACCCUCAGACAGAUACUCAAACUAGAAAGAUGUUGCCUUGCCGUUGCCAGAGCUCAUGCACAUACAUGCUGCACGCACGCGCGCACACACGCACACACGCACACACACACACCAAAAGCUUAAUAGAGAAUCAGAGAAGCUGUGCCUACACAGAUAAUAAUAGUGUUGAACAAAUGAUUGUGUGUUCACCGUCUGUGUGUCUAUGUGCGUACCAACGUGCGUGUGUCAAAGGUGAGACUUGGACAGAUGCAGAUACAAAGACUCUGCUAAAGCUUCUUUCUGAGUCUCGACAAAUCCCAGAGAGUUACUGACACAGCUUUCGAAUCCACUGGGUUUGGAACAAUUUGACACUUAUUCUAAUGGAACAGUCAUGUGGGAUUUUGAGAAUAAAUGAAAGUGGAUUUAUUUUCCUUAUUACAA